GCGUUAAACUUUGAUUCCUAUUUUCCUCCCGUUUCACUCUCACCCUCUCGUAAAUUGUCCCGGUUUACAUCCCCAGGGAUUCUCUCGAUAUUCGAAUUCGAGUAUAAAUCCGAGAACAAGUAAAGAAAAAGGGAGAGUCACCCACCUUAGCGGACUGUCAAAAACACCUGAGGUAUCAACGUCAAGAGUAUACAAUAAAGUGGCAGGGAGACAGGAAAAAUGUUCACUGGCACGGUCAAGGUAAAAAUAUGCGAAGCGUCAGGCCUGAGGGCAACGGAUAAGCAGAGAAAAUUCUGGCAAGACGAACCGCCUAUUCUGGACCCCUAUGUCCUUCUGGACGUCGAUGAGAAUCAGCUCGAUCGGUCUUCGACUAAACCAAAAACCUUCGAUCCUGUAUGGAACGAAUCGUUCACUCACCACGUCCUGGAGGCGGGGACCCUCGGGCUCACCGUUUUCCACGACGCAGCUCUGCCGCCCGAUGAUUUUGUGGCCAAUUGCAGCAUUAGAUUCGAAGAUCUGGUUCAUCGGGAGGACGACGCAGCUGACUUCUGGGUCGACCUUGAGCCGCAAGGAAAACUGAGGAUACGAAUAGACUUGAAAUGGACGAAUCAAGAGCAACAACAACCUGGCUGCGGAAGCGGUGGGUUGGGCGGAGGGUCGGGAGACGCAAGCGGCGGAAGCGGAGUGGGCGCAGCGAUAGGAGGAAAAGAGCCAAGACGCGAGUUUAAGGAGCGACAAGGUUUCAAUCGCAGGAGAGGGGCGAUGCGAAGAAGGGUGCAUCAAGUCAACGGGCAUAAAUUUAUGGCUACUUUCCUGAGGCAGCCUACAUUCUGCUCCCAUUGUCGCGACUUUAUAUGGGGCUUGGGCAAGCAAGGGUAUCAAUGUCAAGUCUGCACAUGUGUCGUUCACAAGAGAUGUCACGAGUCGGUCGUCACUGUUUGUCCAGGCAUGAGAGACGAAGUAAGUGUUGCGCGAACCAAGUUCUUUGAACAGAAACUGAAUUCUAGUCAAGGAAACGUUCAUAUUUUACAGACAACCCAGAGUACCCAGAGCCAAAGAUUCAGCGUCAAUAUACCUCAUCGCUUUGUCGUACACAGUUUCAAACGCUUCACAUUCUGCGAACAUUGCGGGUCUCUUCUGUACGGUCUUAUAAAGCAAGGCCUACAAUGCGAAGUUUGCAAUAUGAGCGUGCACAAGAGAUGUCAGAAGAAUGUCGCGAACAAUUGUGGUAUCAACACAAGGCAUUUGGCUGAGAUCUUGAGCGAAAUGGGAAUCUCACCGGACAAUAAAAACAAACCAGCGAGGAUCAAUUACCAGUCAUCGAGCCAAUCCGGUGGUUCUGGGUCGUCGGCUGCGUCCAAUGAAACGUUUUCUGAAGGAGUGCCAGCCUCUAAAUUGAAAGAACCGACCGACAGCGGAAGUGGCUCAGAUACCGGCUGCAGGAAGCUAGGACUCGAUGAUUUCAAUUUCAUCAAAGUCCUUGGCAAGGGAAGCUUCGGUAAAGUGAUGCUUGCCGAAAGAAAAGGGUCGCCGGACGAGGUUUACGCGGUCAAAGUACUCAAGAAGGACGUCAUCAUCCAGGAUGACGACGUCGACUGUACCAUGACAGAGAAACGCAUUCUGGCUCUGGCAGCCAAGCAUCCGUUUCUCACCGCCAUACACAGCUGCUUUCAAACCAAAGACAGGCUUUUUUUCGUUAUGGAAUAUGUCAACGGAGGUGAUCUGAUGUUCCAAAUUCAAAGAGCCCGCAAGUUCGACGAGGCUCGUGCACGUUUCUAUGCCGCCGAAGUUACCCUGGCGUUACAAUUUCUCCACAAACACGGUGUGAUAUACCGGGAUCUGAAAUUGGACAAUAUAUUGCUGGACCAAGAGGGGCAUUGCAAACUUGCCGACUUCGGUAUGUGCAAAGAGGGUAUAAUCGAGGGUGUCAAAACCACGACGACGUUCUGCGGCACGCCCGAUUACAUCGCCCCCGAGAUACUUCAGGAACUGCAGUAUGGCGCGAGUGUCGACUGGUGGGCGCUCGGCGUUCUUAUGUACGAAAUGAUGGCCGGUCAGCCACCGUUCGAAGCUGAAAACGAGGACGAUUUAUUCGAGUCAAUAUUGAGAGACGAUGUGCUUUAUCCGGUAUGGCUGACCAAGGAAGCUGUUUCGAUUCUGAAGGGAUUUAUGACCAAAAAUCCUGCAAAAAGAUUGGGAUGCGUUGCGGCUAACGGAGGCGAGAAUGCCAUACGACUUCACCCAUUCUUCAGAGACAUGGACUGGGACGCGCUCGAGGCUCGCAGAUUGAAGCCUCCUUUUAAACCGAAAAUUAAAAACAAAAAGGAUGCAAUGAACUUUGACGCAGAGUUCACGAAAGAAGAGCCGGUCUUGACACCUGUGAAUCCUGAAGAUUUACGCUGCAUAAAUCAAGAAGAAUUCAAGGGAUUCUCAUUCGUUAACACAGACUACAAUCCGGCAAGACUUGCGGGUGAAUAAACGCAGUCGAUAAAAACCACUUCGAUGUUACGAUCAAGGUUGGCGACACGAGCAGCUAGCAACUGAAGCGAG